GGUAGACCGAGACUGAGACAAUGGAUUAUUAAUGUAUCAGGACCUUUUAUCUUAAGUAAAUAAGAGUAAUUUAAUUAUUCCAACUGAAUUUGUUCUUCAUGGCCUGGGGUUUACUUGAGAAAAAAAAAUUAAAAGAACCUAAACAGUCCCUGCCCCUCAUUCAAUUGGCCAACGACCAUGAAUUGCAUAUGAAUGUCAGUGUCAUCAGCCAAUCAUUAUCAUGUUUUGGAUAUUUUGAUUGUCAUUUUCUCUUUACUUUGACUGAAAUUCUGACUCUGGACUCUUGGUCUGAGUUGUUAAAAGUAACAGUUACAACAGUAGUCAGUAGGUUGCUCUUAUCUUGAUGUUCUUAGUCUAGACUAGACUAGUAGGUGUCUCUUGCUUACACUUACACUUAAACUAGUUAGUGACUAGUAUUGCUACACUACACUAACAGUUUAACAGACACUAGUCGUCAGUAAGUUGCUCUCACUGCAGCUUGGUAGUCAUUUAAGUCAAAUAGUCAUAAUUUAAGUCAUUAUAUUUUAUAAAUAUAAUUAAUUAUAAUAUUAUAUAGUAAUAAUAAUAUAACAGCUUUAUUCAUAUUAUAGGCCUAUCUGUAGAUUAUUAUUAUUAUGUUCAUUUCAGCAUCAGCACAUAUUAAAUUAAUUAAAAGACAUAGGCUAAUUUUUAACAUACAAAAAUUUUAACAAUUUAAUGGUAAAUUAUUAGAGAUCGUAACAGGGUUUCCCAUCAUGGCCGCCAGUUUUGUUGACACAAUCCGUGAGAAGGUCACGGAUCAUGUAACCGAGAUGGCGGCCAAUAAAAAAAAAGUAGAGCAAAGACAAGUGUAAAAAAAAAACCAGACUGCUGCUUAAAUUGCUUUUGGAAUGAUCCUCCCCUCGCUUUAAAUACCAAAAUAAGAAACAUAGAAAUUCUCUUGAGAGGGGAGAGCCCUCCCCAGUACCCCUCCCCAAUUUAACAAAAAAUAUAAAAUUAGAAAUUAAUUAUGAAAAUGAACAAAAACCAAAAAUAUGGCAAAAAAUAAUUUAAAAAAAAAGAAAUAAUUAAAACCCAACUUACAGUUUCAUGAAAUACACUUUUACACACUUUAUUUAAGGUUCAACCAAAAAUAAUAUCCACAAAAUGAAUAAAACACAAGAACCGACAUGAACUUGUAGCAAGCCGAAAUCUAGCAAAUAUGGUGGCACAAAUAAAAUAUGAUAAUUAGCCAACCAAUGAUAAUUUAAAAUUAUUAAUCAACCAAUUAGAAUUUGUAUACAAAACAUGCCGUCAACGUAUGAAUACUGAUACAUAAAAAAAAUUGUAUAAAAAUAAACACUUACGACCAAUGUUCCCUUUAAGCUGCACGGCGGCGCAGCUAACUCAUAGAUGCCGCGCAGCAGUUUUGAGUUUCCGCGCAGCAAAUUUCCAUGUAAGUGUGUGUUUGUGGGCUGUAAAAUAAUGCACACACAAAAAUUGAUGCUGUAAAACUUUGCACACAACUGUAUGAUUUUGUAUACGAACCAGCAAACCUUAGAGGGAACAUUGCUUCCGACACUUCCUCCAAUGAAAAUAAGCAAUAAAAUAAACAAAGGGGAAUGACUCCUGCUAAAAAAUUGAAUAAAUACGCAAAUGAUGUCACUGGAUGAUCUCUAAGAAUUAGCCCAAUUUAAUGUAUGAAAAGCAAACACAUUUUGAGUUUAUAUAAUCUCCUUGAAAAGGAUUGGAGAACAUGAAGUCAUGCAAAUGAAUAGGGGAAAGAUUGUAGUUUGUGCCAAACUGUCUUUUCAGUUUGCAUCCACAUUUUCAACAUUAUGUGUGUGGACACCAGUGUCAUUUGUAUCAACAAAAUUUUGUUGAUAUCAACAAAAUUUUGUUGAUGGAAAAUUUUGUUGAUGGAUCAUAUGGACCACAAUAGAGUGUAUGUAGAUUCUGUGGCUGAUCACUAUGCACUCCUGUAACAUGAUCGCAUGUUUGUCUGGCCCUUCAAAAAGAAAACAGCAGCCACUCUCUUUCUAUGCCACGGAAGACUCACUGGCUCUCUCUCCACUGCACUAUACAGGGGCAUCAAUAAGAGAAUAACCCUUUAAAUAGCUUUUCAAAUCCUAACAACACUAUUUUUUAAAAAGUCAAACUGAAGUGGUAGAUUACCCUGUUAGUAUUAUGCUUGACAAAUUCAAUGGAUUGACAAGUUUAGCAUCCACUUAUAGAGAAUUCCUCAACAUUAAAGAAUGUAACUGUUCAAUCCAAUUUGACCUGAUACAAAGUUAAUUCAAUGCAUAGGAAAAACUAAACAGGCCUAAUGUAAAGUGUAGCAGUGAGUUGUGGGUGCAGUGUGUUUUAUUUAUAUUUAAAUUAGUUUAUCUUAAAUUAAAACACUUUUUUAUUUUUGCCAUUAGGCUUACAUUGUUAUAUUUAGUCAUCUACGAAAGGGUAGACAGGUAAAUUAAAUGCAAUAAAAUAAUAUAAUUUAUUAUAAACUUUAACUUUAUAAUACUAAAUAUAAGAUAAACUUAAGCCUUAAAUUUAUGAUGCUAAAUAUCAGAUGAAAUUAAGCCUUAAAUUACAAUGCUAAAUAUCAAAUGAACUUAAGCCUUAAAUUUACAAUUUAAUAUCAGAUUAAUUUUAUGAUUACCCAAACUAGGGUCCAGAGAUUCUUUGUUACACUCCCUUUCAAUUUCAAAACAAUUUACACACCUUCACUUUUUUCUCCAGAUUAAACUUAUAAAAAAAUAAAUAUAAUUGAAAAUAAUUCAGUUAUUGUUGUUUUCCCUUUAUUUAAAUUUAACUUGUUAGAAAGAAACAAAAAAUGAACCAUUACAAAUAAGGGACAAAAUAUUCACCACAAAAUACUUGCUGGUGCUUGUACAAAUUCAAAUUAGCCUGAUUUCCUUAGUCUUCCUGCACUUCCUCGAACUGCUGGUUCCCCUGGUUAGAACCCUUGACCUAAACUGUCCAAUAUAUAAUAGUCACAGUGAGUGUCUAGAUCUGAACUAUAGUUAGUUUCUAUGUCUGUAGAAACGAUGACAAAACGGAAGCACUCCUUAUUCACAAUCAUCCUCUAACUCAGCUCUCUCCAUCUCAUUUCAAGUAGGUAACUCCAAAAUACAGUUUAAAUCCUCCGCUGGAAUCUUGGUUAUAUUCUGUCUAACAAAAUGUCUCUAAAUAAUCAUAUCUCUCACAUUUGUUGCUCUGCAUACUCCGCUAUCCGUCUGAUCAGCUGCAUCCGUCACUACCUCACAGUUAACGCAACAAAAACCCAAGUCUAUGCUCUUGUUAUCUUGUUCUCUUUCGUCUUGACUAGUGCAACUCUCUUCUGUCAGGUUCACCAAAACACUUCUUAGAAAAAGUAAAAAAGGUUCAAAACUCAGCUGCUAGGCUAGUUCUAAGGGAAAAAAAAUGUGAUCACGUCACACCACUACUUCAUUCACUUCAUUGGCUCCCUGUCCAAGCACGGAUUGACUACAAACUCUCUGUUCUCUGCCAAAACUUUCUCGAAUUCCUGCCCUUCCUAUCUAACCGAACUUCUUUCCGUCUAUUCACCCCUUCAACAGCUUCACUCCUCAGCAGAUCUGCGUAUUCUUUCUGUCACCAAGACUCGCACAAAAACAUACGGUGAACGAUCUUUCUCUUUCUGUGCCCCCAAACAAUGGAAUUCUCUUCCACUACACAUCCACAAUAUACCGACCAUCACAGCCUUCAAAACUGCACUCAAAACACAUCUCUUUAAACUCUACUAUCCUGAUUGAUUCCCCCCUCUGAUCAAUAAAUGAUGCUGCUGGGUGCCAUCCAUGGCUUGACAUGUAAAUAGUUCUGGAAUGGGUGGAGUGAAUAUACAUUUGUUUUGUUUUAUUUAAUUAAUGUAUGUUAAUUUUUAAGUUCAUGAUAAUGUUUGUUAAAUUGUAUGUACUGGGCUAUAAAAAAAACACUAAUAAUAAUAAUAAAAAAUGAUAAACUACUAAGAUAAGUUAAAUUAUUAUGUCUAUAAUAUAGCUUAGUUGUAGAGAAGGUAUUGUUAUUGCUAUUAUUUUAUGAGAAAGCAAAAGCUAUGAAUGAGAUCAGCGUUACUUACAUAUAGCCUAAAUUAUGUUAAAAGUUCACUAGAUCUUAAGGGAAUUGCUACAUUAACUACAAUCCUGUUUAUUUACAUUCAUUUGUGUGAGGUAGAAAAUAACUUAAACUGCCAGUCUUGUGAAUUGUUUUUAAAUUAAGGUUAAGUUGUAAAGAUGGUUUUUCUUUUAUCAGGAGUAAAUUUGAAUGAAUUUUUAAAAGGAGAGGACUAGAAUCAUGGGUGAUGAAUUUAGGCUCUAUUUUGUUCAACCGGAUGGACAAGAGAGUUCCAAUGUGCUUGUUAAAGCUUUUGAGGUAAUUAUAGUUUCUCCUUUAUUUAAAACUGUCAUGGAAGCAAGAACUAGAUCAGUUUAAUUAUUUAAAUUAAAAAUAAUUAUUGUAACUGUUAUAAUCUUGAAAUAUUGGAUAAAUGGGAUAUAUUAAAUGGGUGCCAUGUGGAGUGAUUAAUUAUUAAAACAUAUUUCCAGACCCUCAAUAAGAAAGACUUCAAUUUCAAACCAGAAUGGAUCACACAUGAACAAUGUCUUGCCAAGGACGGUACAGGAAAAGAAAUCUUCAUAUUUGACCCUUUUGAAGGAAAGGGUUUUAAUCAUAUAAAGGAUCUUGGAUACAGGUUAGUUAUUUUGGCAGAUGUAUUAUGUUUUUAAAAAAAUGUUAAGUAUUUUAAUUCUAAUUUUAAAAUCUAUAAAGCUCUUACAAACAUAUUUUGUCCUAAGAAAUAGAUAGUAGAUAGUUGAAAUUAAUUAUUUGUUAUUUAUUUUCACCAACAGAAUUUAUGGACCACGCUGCAUUUUAGAUAAUCUUCUUCUAGGCUUGGUAUGUCAUAUAUUUAUUCUUCAUGUUGUGUGUGAGUAUUAGAAUGAAAUUGGUAAAGUUAUAUUUUGGUCUUAUCUUAUUUUUUUUUUUUUUUUUUUUGGGUUUUAGUUUUAAAAAAAUAUCAUGGUAAUAUUGUUUUUAAAUAAAACAGUCAUCUGAAUAUCAUAAUUUUAAGUAUUGGGAAAAAAUAUUUGAAACAUAAAAAGCUACGAAUGAUUGAAUUAAAAUUUUUUAAAAUUAUUAAUUUUGUUGUGUGUGAGUAUUAGAAUGAAAUUGGUAAAGUUAUAUUUUGGUCUUAUCUUAUUUUUUUUUUUUUUUUUUUUGGGUUAUAGUUUUAAAAAAAUAUCAUGGUAAUAUUGUUUUUAAAUAAAACAGUCAUCUGAAUAUCAUAAUCUUAAGUAUUGGGAAACAAUACUUGAAACAUAAAAAGCUACGAAUGAUUGACUUAAAAUUUUUUAAAAUUAUUAAUUUCCUAUUUGUUUUCCAGCAUUUUCCAGAAAACAAGAAAAAUCCAAUUUAUAACUUAGCAAUGAAGGGUCUUGUAGUUUGCUGUACAUCGCUUGACAAAAAUACUCGGGUAAUUUUUGUGUGUGCCAACUUAGCUGUUAUUUUUUAUAAAUAUAAACAUUAUACAUAAUAAUCAAAUACAUAGUUCCAAGAACAGAAUUUAGUUAUGUGUUGAUUGUGUAAAAAAAAUUAUUCUAACAGAAAUAAACUAAUUAAGACUUGCUUGAAUUUAAAUAUUUUUUAUUAGAGAAAUUCAGGAAAUCUAUUUAUAAAUAUAUCUUUUCACAAAUUUCAAAUGUUUAGAAUGAAAUAUCCAUGCUAGUCCAGCUCAUGGGAGGUAAAGUGCUUGGGGAUUUUUUGGAAAAUGUUACUCAUCUUAUUGCUGGGGAAGUUGGCAGUUCCAAGUAUCAGGUUAGUAAUCGAAUUUAAAAAAAAACAAAAAAAACAUCAGUUGUGUUCUACCAGGUGUAAAUUUUCUGCCAGGUGCUAUUUAAAAAUAUUUAGUGUUAAUAUUGAAUAAUCUGACUACAAAACUGCAUAAUGUUGUACUGACCUAAUAUAGUUUAUCAUAAAUCUUUACAUAUAUAUUUUAAUUUUUUAAAGUUUGAAUUGAAUUCAUAUUUUGUUCAAUUUUUAUUUUAUCUUUUUUAUUUUGAAUACAAAAAGGUGGCAAUGAAAGUAAAUAAACAAGUCAUGGUAAAAGAAUGGGUUUACAAAGUAUGGGAGUCGUCAAAGGAGAGGUAAUACUUUGCUUGUAUAAUUCAUUAAAAGAAUGGGUAGAUUAUAUUUUUUUUUAAAGUUAUAGAAAACUUGCCUGCAAAGAGAGUUUGCUUUUGAUAAACUUGAUUUAAGUAUAAAUAACUCUGAACCCUUUGCUUUAUUGUAUUCAUUAUUUCUAGACUGCUGUUACUUUGAAUUCAAUGGCAUGAAAUAAAUUUUAAUGUUUCAGAGGUUAUGUUAUAUGUUUUUAUUUGUUUUUAAAUUAAUUUCUUUGAAUUAUCGUAUAGACAAAUCAUAGCUACAGAUGACAUGUUUAGCAAGUACAAAUGCCCUCCAUUCCUUGGCCUGACUAUAGUUGUUUCUGGCUUCAGUAACAGAGAGAGAAAUAAUAUGAUGAGUUUCAUCACUAGAGGUGGUAUGUGAAAAUUUAAUUUAACAUUACCUGUGAUUUAAAAAAAAAAAACGUAUUUAAUCUCUUAUUAACUAUUUGACAAUGAGCCAUAAUUAACAAUUUAUUUUUGUUUAAUUAAACUUUUCUCAUAUUCAUAGAUGGUAGAGCUAGUUGCACUUAGUGACCCUUUAUGUCAGAGCUUUGCCUGUCAGUAUAAAAUCAACUCCAUAACUUGGGUCUCAACUCCCUCCCUCUCCCAGUUGCAGAACUGAGAAUGUCUGAAUGUUGCAAAAUGUCUUCAGUGCUCGGAAACAGUAGCAGCAGCUAAGGUCUUUAUGUGGGCUUAAUAUAUGGUGAUUAUUUCCAGUUGUAAACUUUUUGAUCCUCAUCUGUGUCACCAGAGUCUGGUGACUGCUACUAAGAAGUUUCCUAGCUGUGGUGCUUUCCGACCACUCACAAAACCACCAAACGUCAUGAAAGUGUUUAAAGCCAUGCCUUGACACCAGAGUGUGGCACAUGGUGUGACAUCCAUUGGAGUUUGACCUUUUCUCUUUAUGUCUGUAUGAUUUCAGCUAUAUCUAAGAUAACACCAUUGUCUUCCUCACUGUUUUGAGAACAGUGUGUUAAGAAGGGCAUGAUGUUGAGGUCAUGUCAUGCUGUAACAUGCUACUUUGUCUCAUGCUUAAGCUUUUUAUAGUUUGUCUUGAACGUAUUUUGAAGUUUGUUGCCUUUCCCUCCUCUCUGUCCUGGUUUAAAAGUAAGAGAAAUAAUGUUUUUAUUCAUGAUUUAUUAAUUGGGCUUUUUUAACGAGGUUUCUUUUUUUUUUCUGAUAGUGGUAAAUGGUUUUAUUUUAGCAAUUUCUUUUUUUUAAAACCUGAAAUCAUAUUAACCAAAUUUUAUCUGUUACAUUGUUUUAAGGUGGAAAAUAUUCUGGAGAGUUGAAAAUGAAUGAGUGUACUCACUUAAUCGUGAAAGAGCCAAAAGGUAGGACUUAAAUAGAUAUUUAAAAUAUUAUCUAUGCAUAGGUAGUACGUUUCAUUGGGGUGUAACAAUAAUUUAUUAAAUCAUUAAAUGGCCGUCUUCUUUUCUUUAAAAAAUCAACUACAUUUGUAUCAUAUUAAUAUUUUAUUAUUCUAUCAUACAGGGGCAAAGUAUGAGGCAGCUCUGAAAUGGGAGAUAAAAGUUGUGAAUGACCAAUGGUUACAGGAUUGUAUGGACAAGCAAAGAUAUUUGGAUCCCAAACCUUAUCAGUACAAUGUAAAAUCACAAGCCAAAUCAGUGAAAACAUCAACACCAGAGCGUCGAUCAAGUAUAAGAAUUUCUUUUGUUUUCAAAUUUUUAGCGGUGUUAAAUUUAUUAAAUCACUUACCUCCCUAAUUUUCAACUAAAUUCUUUGCCUGUUUGCUUAAGUAUUUAAGCUUCUUCCAUUUAAACUUGUCUUUAAAAAAAGUCAUUCCCCUUUUUUUCAUUCUUGUUUUUGUAUUUGUGUUCAAUAAGGUUUUUUUUAAUAAAGGGGACCAUUGUUUCUCUUAGCAUUACAGCCUCACAUUCAUAUGUAGAGAUUUAUUAGCUGAAAUAGAUUUUGUUGACUGCUAUGCCUCACUAAAAAUUAUGUUCUAAAAUAUUUCAGCUAAUGAACCCAAUAUUUCUGAUAUCAGUGUAAUAAGUAAUGCUGGUCUCAGUGUGUCAAUGCAGAGAGUAAGUGAAUCAGUGGAUAUGACAUCAACCAGGAUGUCUGGAAUGUUUGCCAUGGGUGGUAAAAAUUGCGAUAUCUCAGAGACAAGACUUGGUAUGACAACCUUGGAAGCUGACACUACCAUUACACCAGCUGAUGUGUUUCUUGAUGGAUGCAGGGUUUGUUUCUUCACAGAUUACUUUCUUGUUACAAUAUGUAAAAUAUGAUUCACUCUUGUGUAGCUUAGACCUACUAUAAACUAUUUAGGGAAAUGGUUCCCAAGCUUUUCAAGAGUAAGAGGGCCACAUGUAAAUUUUUCAGUAAUUAAACGGGCCACAACAUUAUAAAAUUAUAAAAAAAAUAUUUAAAUACAGAAUGGUAAAUAUAGAGGCCUCACGAGCCACUUUUUGUCAGCUGAUGGGCCACAAGUGGCUUUAUGGCCUGAUUUUGGGACACAUCCAACUAAUGAUGUUGUUUAUAAAUUUCAGAUUUACUUGAGUGGAGUCAAAUCAUCAUUGGAAGAGAAGUUAAGAAAAAUUAUAUCAGCUGGAGGAGGUUUAAGGUAAAUUAAAAUAUAGACGUUUAAGUCAAUUAUAGAUAUAUCUUUUAAUUAUUGUCUUCUUCAGCAUUCCAGGGGCCAACAAUAUUUAUAAGUAAGCUUAUUAUCAAUAGAGUUGGCACUGUGGUGCAGCAGUUAUGGUGAUGGGUUUGAGUUUCAUCCAACCUGUCUGAAAUACCUGUCUACCACCAAAGUCAGAAGACAUCUGUCAACUGGAAGUGGUCUUGAAAAUGGGUUCCAAUUAACAUUUAACCUCACCAUUUAAGCUUAAUUUGCACAUAAAAGUCUUGAAUGUACAAUUAAUAAAUAUAUACUAGAAGUUUUGUACAUCAUUAAUGUAAAGGCUAGUUGCCUUUCAGGAAAAAUACUAAUGACACAAGUGGCCUGGAACAAUAAAUUAUGAUAAAAUGCAUUUUGCUAUCGUUCAUUGAACUGUUGGAUAGAUAAUGAUGAUAUGCAAGUGAGCACACUGUUGUAUAGUUUGAAUGAUUUAUAAUUUACCAUUUCAUAUUACUGAAAGAUACUUUCUGUCAAAGACAUUCUUAGUAUCAUUACUCACUUAGAUUUGUAUCACUUUAAAUUGCUUUAAUUUCUUUAAUGAAUGAGUACUUUUAUGGCCAUAUUUAGAGAAACCAUGUAUUUUAACAUCAAACUAAAGGCUAAAGCCCUCUCAUGCACCUUUUUUAGUUUUUAAAUUAUUGUAAAACCAUCUUUCUUGCUUUUAAACAUUUAAAAAAUGCAUUUAAAAAUUGAUUUUUAAUAAUUUUGUUUAUCGCUUAGAGCUAUGGAUAUUGGUGAUGGUAUCACCCAUGUGGUUGUUGGUGACAUUGUUACAUCUGAUAUUAACCUUUUAAAUAAACUACAAGAAUGGUAAGUUACCCUGUGACUGAAAUUUGUUUACAUAAGCUAAAUUACUGAUCUUAAUAGUGUGCCAGACUAUGAUCUUUAAGCGGAAAACACAAUUAAUAAUUAUUAAUAUAUUUUAUACAUUUCCCCCUACUAUUUAAAGUAAAAAUAUGCCAGAUCAAUAUGAAGUAAUUGUGUUAAAUUCAGAAAUCAUCUCCUCCCAUUUAUUUAUUUUGCUUCUAGUCCUCAUGUUGUGUCUACUGAUUGGCUUAUGGACUGUUUCCAUGUGAAUAACCACUUGAAUGAAGCCAAGUACUUAAGAAAUGAUUUAAGUUUAAAGACAAAUUCUUUGGAAGAAAAACAUGAAAAGUACGUAUUAUUGAUUUGUUUAAAAAAAAAAAUCAUUUUUAAUAUUAAAACAAUUGAAUUGUAAUUAAUUUUCCCAACAAAAUAAAAGAAGCAUCCUUGUUAGUUUAACUGGACUAUCUCUACCUAAAAAGUGCUUUUGUAAAUGAUUUUAGGUUUGUUUUGACAAGAUGCUUUUAAGUUUAAAAAAAAAAUAUUUUCAGACCCAAACAAACAACCAAAGUAACGCCAACCCCCACUGUGGAACAAAAGCAUGGUAAAAAAUCCAAUGGCACCCAACAAGAUAACACAGCCUUCAGAAUGGAAGCUGCAAGUGACCUAGAAAUGGCGGAACUCUUGAGCCAAUACAUAGAUCCUGCAGGUGGAUUAUCCUUUGAUUUUAUAGGUUUCUAAGACUGAUAUUUACUCAUAAAUAAAUGAUUUUAAUCUUUUUAAUAUUUUAAAGAUACAACACAUUUUUAAUAAAAUUUCAGUAAAUCCAAAUAACACAAGCAAGGAUACAGACAGUGAAGUUCAAGUUGUAGAUUUAGAAGCAAAUAACAAUGUGACAAUAACUGAACCAGAAGAGGCCACACAAAAUCCAAAUGGUUUGUUUUUCUAUGAUAAUUGAAGAAUACUCCUGUAUAUGUUUAUUUACUCAAUCAAAACUUCAUUUUUAAACAAAAUAAUUAUAAGUAGGGACAGAGAUUUAAAUCAGGUCAAUUAGAAGGAAAUAUGUGAAACAAGGUACAGGGUAUGGGAAAACUUUGGGAAAAAGGACGCAACAAAAAAAGAAUGUGUUGGGAAGAAGCCUUCUUCAGCUAACAGUACAAGCAAAGAGUAAUCAAUUAUUAAAAAUAAACACAGUUGAAAUUUUAUAAACGAUAGGUAAGCAAUAGGAAUAUUUUUUUGAGAGUACUGAGAUAUAUUUUUAUGCAAACAUUUCAAUGUUUUCUAUUAGAAAUCACUGACAGUGUUGUGCCAGACAAAGGGAUCUUUGAUAAAAUAAGCUUCAUCAUUAUUGGCUUUGAAGAAAGUGAAACAGCUGAACUAUUAGAGUUAAUUGAGCAAAAAGGCGGUAAGUGUAGUUUAUGAUUAUUGUUAAUAAUCUUAGUUGUCACAGUGAGCCAAACCUAGUUUUACACUACCAGUACCUCACAACUAUGAGUUAAUAAUGGGUUGGUAUUCAUCUGGGGUGGUUCCCAAAUAUGGGAAAGUGGUUAUAUGGCUUGGUUGCCUUGGGGAGGAGUUAGACCCUACAUAAAAUAUUAAAAGAUAGGACCUAUUUUACAUUAAAUAUCACCUGUCUAAUCUAUCAUGACACAGAAAAAACAAUUAUGUAUUAUAACAAGUUAUAAAAUUCAAAUUUAAUAUUUAUUUAAAUUUGUUUUAAUAUUAUGUUGCUACUUUAUGCACUUAUGUCUGAUUUUGUUCAUUGAACUCACAAUUUCUGGUAUUGACAAGAUUAGAUAUAUUUUAUCCUGACUGCAAAGCAGAUCAUAAAUGAAUAUGGACAGUUUCUACGUUUAACACUUCUCUUUUAAUUGAAAACUGUAGGUCAAGUAAUUAAUGGUAAAAAACGUCAAGUAGCUGACAUCGGAAUUGUUCCCCUAAUGGGUUACCCUGUGGAUGUCACUGUAUCGGAAGUUCUAACUAUUGCCUGGCUGGUAAACAUUUCUCCAUAAGGCUUUUUAGUAAUAGUUGUCAGUUUAUAAGUUUUAGGUUUUUUUAAAUCAAGAACACCUUUUUUUUUCUUAUAGAAUUAGUAAAUAUAUUAUUUUAAAAUUGAAUAUUAAUAUAAAGUAAAGAAAAAGAAUUAAUUAUUAUUUUUUUGUGUGUUUCCACAGCAAAUGUGUAUUGAAAGUGAUAAAUUACUACCAUUUGAUAGUAAUCUUUUGUUUAGACCAAUGGACCUUCCAGAGAAUGAACCUUUGAAAGGCUCCUGCUUAUGCAUCAGGUAAAUAUGUCCCCAUAUUACAAUCACAAAAAUAUUGUUAAAAAAUGUUUAAAACUAAACUUUACUUGUCUGGGGUACAGAGUAUUGAAAAGAUUUAGUUUAACAAAAGGUUAAAAUCAAGUAUACAUUAAAAGUCACUUAUUAUUCAUAAUCAUGUUUCAAUUUAAUAAGUUAGAUCUUUAAGCUUAGUUAGGUAAGUAUUAUAAAAAUAUUUAAAUUUAUUAAACUAUAAAUUAAUACUGAAAUUGCAGUGGAUAUUCUGGCAUAGAACGACAGUGCCUUUUGCACCUUGCGGAGGGAUUGGGUGCAAUGUAAGUAAAUUUUUACUUUUGCUAUUAUAACAUUUUAAAUAAUUGCAACUCACACUCAAGAACUUAUCAGGUAUUCUAACCGCACAAUUAUUCCACAAUUAUCUUAUCCUUCUUAAAUUGUACAAGUCAAACUUAGUUUAUACAGAGUAUAUUUUGUCCUCUUAUGUAAGUUAUUAGUAUAUUUAGAGAGGCAAGAACAUUGAGUUGUAAUAUUUUCACAUUUCUAAUAUAGCUGCAAAGAACAUUUUUCACGCAAGUCCCGCAAAAAUUUGGAGGCAAGCACUCAUCUGAUUGUCAAUCAGCCCAGUGGAUCUAAGUAUGAUGCUGCCAAGAAAUGGAAUAUACCUGCAGUGGGAAAAGAGUAUACAAUUUUUAAAAAAUAUUUUUUGAAGCUUUCAGUUUAUCAAAUAUCACACACAUUAAAAAGCCUGAUUUCUAAAAACUCUCUUGAUACCAGUGUCAAGUAAAAUUUAAUAAAUAUAUUUUAAAAUACUAAGCACUAUUCAACCCAAAUAAGAACUAAGUUGCGAAGGGUUUUCCUAUUUCACUAAUAGUGCAAUUUUACAGUAAGUUUUUUUUUUGCUCCUUAAAAUUAUGUUGCUUUUAAAAUGUUAUUUAUCUCCAAUUCAGUGGUAGUUAAUUAAAAUGAUUAAAAUUCAAAUUAUUAUUUUUUGUUAAAGCCAUAGGAGAUUUCAAUUGCUAUGUAACCUUCCAUAUGAUUUUUUUUUUUAAAUUUGCAAGUCACACAGCUUUAAUGUGUAUACUAUAAACAUGCAAAUUUUAACUGUGUAAAAAUUAAAAUAGUAUUAACAUUAAAAUUUGUAUAUGUUAAAAUAUCUUUAAAAAUAAAACAAAUUUAAUACAAGUUUAAAAUUCACAACUGACAAAAAUGGCCAAAAAAGCAACCAAACUUGCAAGAUGUAUAUAUCUAAAUUUUUUAUUACUUGGUAAAUUUUUUCAUGUCUUGCCUUCUGCAGAUGGAUAUUUGCCUGUCUUCAAGAAGGAGGCAUGGUCGCUGUAGAGGAAUACACCAUUAAAGAUGUCAUUGAUGAGGUAAAAAUUUUAAAAAUUAUCUGAAGGGUAUAUGCAUAUUUAUGUACUAGAGAUGGUAAUCAACACUUAACAGGAUACACCUGAUGACAACUAAACGGAAACCUGCUGACGACCGAACUGAAUCCAAACUUCAAUGUCACUGAGUAUGAACUGAUACGAACUUCAAUGUCACUUGGAAUGAACUUAUCCAAACAAAACCAGAAAACCAAACUAAAAACCAAUUUCUUUGAUAACCAAUAUGAUCUCUUCUUUUUGUUUUUAAAUCUUUCCCUACCUGCCCCCUCCCCACUUCACCUCUACGACACCCAAAGGGUUGAUUUUCAUUAAUGUGUGACAAAUUAAACAUUAGAUAGCCAACUAUUUUUCAUCUUGUGUUGUUCAGAAAAGAACCCAACUUCUCAAAACGGGUUUGAUUUCCAUCUCUUCCAUCCCUUGUUACCCAUUGAGUUAAUAUUUAGAAUGUUAUGCCAUAAAUUAUAUUAAUAUGGAUGAUUAUAUAUUUGUAUAAUUACUUUUUUUCUAAACCUGCUGAAAACAUUUGGCAAAUUUUAAUUUUUUUUUGUAGUAUUUUACUUAAUAAAUAAACUUAUCUUGUCUUUUUUCUGUAUCUGCUUUACAGGUGACCGAUAAGAUUCCUAAACUUUCAGAAGAAAACAAUAAGAUUCCUAAACCUUCAGCAGAAAACAAUAAAAUUCCAACAGAAAACACUGAUUCAAAUGCUCAAAAUAAGAAUGAAGUAAAUCCAGUGGUUCAGGCAGCCAUAACCACCCCAACCACCACGAGCAAGUCAGUUGUGCCAACUGCUAUGAAAAGUGCUUGUAGGCCUAAUCAAAGUGACAAUAUUUCAGCUGGGUGUAUGAAGACUCCAGUUGAUUUAUUGCGACAAAAGUGGGUAAGAAGCCUUAAGAUUUUUAUCAAAUUCUUGUUACUUAAGUGCAUAUUAAUUGUAUAAUAAUCUAAAUAAAAAGAUACAAGUUUUAUCAUUCCUAACAUUUUAUUGAACAGGGUCAGACCACUCCAGGUUCUCGAUCCUCACCAUUAGGAUUAAGAAACACUGGUGGAGAAACACCUGGUACUUUCAUGAAACCUGAUUUUGUGCCAAAGUUUAAUUUUGAUGUAAGUUUUUUUAAUAUCCCUUCUUUUUUAAAAUUAUUUAUUAUUAUUUUUUAAGAUUAUUUUUAAAAGAUAAGAAUUGUUAAUUUAUUUACAUUUAUUUGUUACAUUAAAGUAAUUUUUGGUCUCAGUAAAAAUUAUGAUGUUUACUUUAUUCUUUAGGGUCAUUUCACUACACCUGACACAGCAACUGACCUUAAUAAAUCUACGGUAAACUGGAUAUAUUUAUUAUACACUAAUAUCACUCUUGUUUUACUGUAAUGGGUAUGCAAAUGGUUUCUUUUAAAAUUCUCCAGUUUUAUAAACAAAAUACAAUUUUUAAAUGAUUUUUCAUUACAAUUAAAAACUGGUCUAAUUUUUUUUAUUUCACUUUUGAUGUUAUUAAAAGCCACGACCAAUGAAAAUUGAUUUGUUUUUAGCCGCUGGGAGAAGUAUUUAGAAGGAAUAUUGCCAUAGCUGCACAGAAUGCUUGGGCUGAAGAUGGAUUAGCUGGUGAAACUGAUGAUGGGCAGAUGCCUGCAAGUCAGGUGAGUCAUGUAAGCUCUGCAGUCCAUUUUCUGCCAAAUCAGAUAAAACUUGCACCGGAUAAAUAUAUUUAUCUAGUAAACUGUUUUCAUUACUACAUUUUCUUGUUGUACAGCUGAUAUAUCAUUUUAAAGAAAUGUCAAUAUUCAAAAAAUUAAAUUUAAUCUUAAAGUUUCAAUUUUUAAGUGUAAUCAUGACUAUAGUGUCGCAGUAAUGAGUUUUCAUAGUGACAUUUUAUUAAAAUUUUUGUAGACGUUAAAUUAAAUAUCCCUCUCCUUUUCUCUCUCUCUCUCCAGUCUGCUCCACUCAUUGGAGUGGUGAUUGCUGUAGCUAAAAAGCUUGGCCGAAAUCAUGAAACCUAUAACAAUAUAGUUGUAGAACUUGGUGGUAACUACUCAUGGCAUAUAGGACCACAAGUGACCCACUUUGUCUUCCAGGUAUUUAACUCAGGCAUUCAUUUAUCUAAUAUAUGUUACAUGGCAUGUCCUAAAAGCAUUUUAAUGAAAACAUUAUUUGGUCGUUUAGGUAUAUAUAACAACGACUUACCAAACCUUCUGCAUCACAUGAUUUGAGUAAAAUAUGAACAAGCUUUAUGAAUUCUUUAAAAAGUAACUUUAUUUUUAAAUUGUUCAUGUAAUAUUUAUAAUGUUUUGAUGGCAUAAAUAUUAACAAUAAUGUAUGGUAAUAAGGGGGAGAGACUGCAAUCAGGUUACGUAGAAGGAAAUAAGUAAAACUAAGUAUGGGAGACCCUGAAAAUAGGACACGACAAAACAACGAACGUGUCUGCAAGAAGCAAUAAUUUAUCAUAAGAUUUUAAAAAAUUUGGUUUGAUUCUAAAUUAUGUUAUGAAUAAAUAAUAAUUCACUAUUUUUUAAUUUAGCACGUCAGGUAAUUUCUUUGAACAUGUUAAUCAAAUUUUUAACAGGGGAGGCUUAAUGAUACUAAUAAAGAAUUUCGCAAUGCUGUUGAGGAACGGAAAACCAUUGUGUCACCAUUUUGGUUAUUUGCUGUAGGUUUGAGUUUUCUAUAUCAAAGUUGAAAUUUAAAAAAAAAAGUAAUGGCCAAUGAAUGUAUCCAAGUAUUUUAAAACUGCUUUAUGCAAAACUGUUUUUUUUUAAAUAAUGAAAUGAGUGAAAAAUUUCAUUGUAAAAAAUGUUUUUUACUCAAUAUAAUCACAUUUCAUUUUGAAAAUGUCAUUUAGAGUACAUAAAAUUAAAUGAAAUUAAUUGUUGAAUAAAAUUUAGUUCUGAGAAUGCAAGAAAUCAAUGACCAGACCAUCCUGAUCAUGUUUUGAUAAUUUUUCACAGUGCAAAGAACAAAAUUGCAGAGUGGAUGAGAGAUUGUUCCCCUACAACUAUAACCCAAACCUAAGUCUGGUAGUAAUCAGUAAAUAAAAUUAAUCUUAUGUACAACUCUACCUUUAUAUCAAUUUUUACCAAAACUUUUAAUAAUGCUUGGAGAACUUUAAAAUAAAACGGAAAUGUUAAUGACUAUCUUUUUUUUCCCUUUAUUUUUAAUUAUAUGAAAUAUUUUCAAUAACGUUUUUUUUCAGGCUAUGACACCUGCUUCUAAAAUAACACCAGUGAGAAGCACAAGAGCUACUGCAAGAACUAUUAACCUUUGUGAUGGGAUUAUCAAGCCCAUUGAAUCAAUUUCUGCUGGCAAGACACCUAACAGGAAAAUGCCCAGUUCAAAUUUACAAAAAGAUGAUUUGCAAAAUGAGGAUUUACAAAAAGUGGAUACUAAAAGGAAUCCAGAUAAAGCAAUCAUUUCUCGCCCAACCAAUAAUGUGUCCUCAGAAUUAUCAGAAAUACAGGUCAUUAACCUUAGGUUGUAAAAAUUACAUUGCGGGCUGCAUUUGUUGGAGAAAUAUUUUUUUUUCAAAGUUUUGUUCCACUGAAAAGAAUGUGUCAUACUAAAGUUGUGGAAUAUAUUUUUAGUUACUGAAAAAAAUGUAUAUUCACAUUUUUAGGAAAAGUAGUGUAAAAAAACUCAAUUAGAUUAAAGUUAGGAUUCUAAUAUAUAUUUAUAUUUACAAUUCCUACUCAGGUCACAAGCAAAAAUAAAGAAAUUAAAGAUGCUCUCACAAAGACAAUGGGCAAUGCUUUAGCUAAUGUUUCCAGGUAUUAUUUUUUGAAGUAUAUUUUGAUUUGGACAAAUUUGUAGAAUUUUAAAAAUUAUAUUUAAAAAAUAAUUUUUAAUAGCAUAGUUUCCAUUUACUUUAAAAAAAAAACCCAACUAGUUAACAAUGUAAUGUUUCUUUUACAGGUCAAAAGGUUCCAUUAGAAAAAUAGGCAGGCAGUUCAACUGUAAGUAACACUAACACUAUUCCUGAUAUUGGUUGUUUGUUUUUGGUAUUUAGAUCCCUCAACAUUCAGGGGACCGAUAUCUUGGACAGUCUUACAAAAUUUUAAAGUGUUAAUGCUAGCUUAAAAUUUGAUGAGCUUUUACUUGUAACUGAAUUUUUUAUUGCUGAAAAUUUUUUAAUCUUCAGCCAGUGGCCAACCUUCUGACGGUUACAGUUCUGGAAGUCCUCUCUCCAGAACCAGCCCUUCUGGAACAACUACUUCAAGUAUGAUAAGUAUAAAAUAAGAUCAUCGGUAUGAUUGAUCUUUUAGCAACUUUUAACUGUAAUAAUUUACAUUUUAAAAAUGCAUAAAGCAAAACUAAAUUAGGAAUUUAUAUUUAAAGGGAAAAAAAGCUCACGACACCUUGUGUAUUCAUCAGCUUUCUAUAAUUUUGAAUUAUAGGCUUAUAUUAGAAAGACACUGAAUGCCUCUUUAAAUGCAAAUUUUAGAUCCUACCAAAGUAACAAAUAAAAUUAUAGUUCUGCUGCUGCCAUUUAUACCCCUUUUAUUUCACAUGAUUUUAAAUUUUAAAAACUUCACGGUUUUCAACUAAAUUAUACUAGGGAAAAAAAUGCAUUUUAAAAGUGUUGAAUAUAAAAAUGGCUCUAGUUUCUGUAUGGUAAUAAAUAAUUUAUUCACAGAAGUUCCACCAGAACCAUCUCAGAGCUCUCAAGUCACAUGGGAUGACCCCACUGAGAGGUGCUGUUUAAAAAAAAAAAGUUUAUUUUAACCAGUUUUCUCUGUGUGUAAACUGAAGUUCAAAUUAUUAUUCAAACAUUUUUCCUAGACAUAAAUAUUCAAGCAAAUGAACUUAAAAUACGUUUAUAAAAUUGAAUUGUGUAUGAGUGAUUAAGUUUAACAAUAUAAUUAUUAAAACAUAAAUCAGUAAGUUUUUUUUAAUGAUAUUUUGCAUCUUAAUGAAAACCCAAAGUAAAACUUGACAUUAACUUGGCAUGAGUUUUACACUCUUUAUGUAUUUUCUUUCUUGUGAAAUAUUACAUUUACUACCGUUUUAGAUUAGAGAAAGAAAAAUUAGCCUGUAGACUUGAAAGAGUUUGUGAACCAAGCCAAAAUACAGAUGAAUUAUUAGCAGGCAUUGACAUUAAUGGUUCAAGAGACAUUACAAGUAAAAGAGCUAGUAUGAAGGUAAAGUGCUUUAUUAGAAGAAUGACUUAGGAUUUAUUAUAUUUCAACAAAAAAAUUAAUUAAUUAACAAUUGUUAGCCGAGAAGGCAAAAUUUCCCAACCUAUAACCCAAGAGCUUAAGUAAUGUGAACUAUGUUUCUUAAGGUGUUUCAUCUUAAAUCGUCAGUUGUAGUAGUGUGACAGUUUAAGCUGCAGUCUUUGGCCACUGGAGAUCUUGUUGAAUCCUUAUUUCUUUGGUGACAUUUUGAAAGGUUCUUUUCAUUUUUUCCUAGACUAAUAAUGCAGCUUCAGAAUUGGCCAACAAAAGAUCUCCCACACCUGAACCUCCACCUAUAGGUAAGAAUUUAUUGCAAAAAAAAAAAAAAGCUAUUAAAGGGAGUAAAAAAAACAAACAUACGGAGGUGUUGUAGUGUGUGCAGGAUGGAGAGACUGCUAAUGAGGUGUAAGGAGUGCUAUACAAAGCACAAAAUAUGUUUAAGCAACAUUGUAAUUUGUGCAGAGGGAGUAAAAGAGGCAAGAAGUAACAAACAAAAAAUUUGAAGUUUAUAAAGUAAAAAAAAUUAAGAUGAAAAUUGUAAAAAUUUUAAAAUAUAAAAUAGGCAUAUACAAAUAAAAUUAUCAGUUUUAUGCAUAUUUAAAUCUAAAUAUACAGCAUUUAUAGUAAUGCUUAUAUGCGUCAACAUGCCACUUUAACUUAGCAUGGGGCAAAAUAGGUUAUUUGAAUUUUAAAAAACAAUUAAAUUGGUAGAAGAAGUUAUUACCUUCUUAUUUUCAAUAAGAUGCAAAGCCAUCUUAAAAAAAAAUUAUUUUAAAAUAUCAAUUUAAUAAUUUACAACAACUUACGUCAAGAUUGUUCCAGAUAUUAUUUUGCCGACAUCUGAAAGUUUUAGAACUCAAAAUUGUUAGUUUGUUGACAUAAUUACAUCACUCAUGAAUGGCAGACUGGAAAUGAUUUCCAAUAUUUGGUUUAAAAAAAUAACAAAAUUUAACAAUGAUCUUAUGACAAAUCUUUAGUUAACUAUAGUGUAUGAAAACACUCAGGAAUCAAUUUAAAUCAUUAUAAUUUAUAUACUUUGAAGGGGGGAUUAUUCACCAAUUUUUAUUUUUGCUGUGUAUCUUGCCAGAUAAUAUACAGCUGCAAAGUCAAGUCAGCUAUGUUAAAUGUAUUUUGUAAAUAUUUCCCAGCAUUUCCAUUGGCAAAACCUACUAGUCAUAUUCUCCCACCUCAGCCUGUUGAUUUAUUAAGUGAUGAAAGUAAUGAUAAUACAACAAAUAUGAACCGUCAACCACCAGCACUUCUUAUAACAGGUGUACAAAACCAGGUAAAAUAUUGUCUAAUUUUCUGUUGUUUUAAAAUAAUAAUUAAAAAAACAACCCAAAAAUUUUUUUUAUAAAUCCCUUAUAUGCAUUUUUGUUUGCAUUUAUGUAAUUGUACAUGACUUACUGUUUUCUGCAUUAUUGUACGACUUAAUAAUGGCCAAAGUUCUUAAGAAAUGAUUGCACCAUAUUUUCAAUAUCUUCCCCUUGAAAAGCAGAAAAACUGAUAUUUUUGGGUAGGGCUGAAAAUUUGAAUAGAAUGUGUUGUCAUCGGCAAUGAGUCUAUGUGACAAGUUUCAGCUCGAUAGCAUGAUGGGAAGUGGAUCAAUUAGCCUUCUGAAGAUAUUGCCUCAAAGAAAGAAACACACGAACAGAAGCAAAGUUAAUGUAAAGGAUUUCAAAAUAAUAAUCAACCAGUUAGGCUCAGGGUUAUAAGAUUGGAGAAUUUUCACAUGACAGGGAUAUCUAAACAUCUACUUUCCCUGGGCUAUUUUAAAAAGAAGAUGCUGUAGUAUAAGGAAAAUGAAAUAUAAGAACAAGGUGUGUUAAACUUGAAUUUAUACACAAGACAAUAAGAUUUGGAUGUUUUGGCUUAGAGCCUUCUUCAGCAAACAAGACAAAUGGAACUAAGACAAGUAACAGAGCACAUAAAAAAACAACCUUAGAGAUUUCCUUUGUUGUUGCGGGUUUAGGGUAGCAGCAUUGCUAGUACCGGUACUUCAAAACUUAUUUUGCCAGGAGGACACCACUUUUUUCAUAAAAUUGUGUGUUGUAAUAAGCUGCCCUAAAACAAUUAGUUUUAUGUUAUAUAAUUUUAGCCAAAAACAAACUUUUAACUUAUUUUAUUGCAAAUGAAACAUGACAUUUUACUAGAUGCUACAUUUAGCUGUGUAGGUUUUGUGAAAUGAGGGACAUCUCAUUUUUAACAACUAUUUACGUUCUGGAGGGCUUACAUUUUUGGGAAAUAGUUGUUUGUAUCUAUCUUCCCACAAGUUGUGUAACUCAAAGUUUAAUUUAAAAGUCAUUAUAAAACAAGCUUGUCCCCAUUAGAGAAUGUUCAUUAGAAAUCGUGUUGAGAGAAUAUUUGAAUAACAAAGAAUAAAUUUAGCCAUGCUUCCAAAUCCCUAUAAACAUAUAUAAACAUAGUCAUAUAUGUUUGAGAAGGGAAUCUAAAAUUUCCAUAAUAGAUAAAUUAACAAAAACAGAAAAUAUGAUCCAAGUUUCAGUCUGAAAUUAAAUCAAACAGUUUUAAUUUUCUAACUUCCAUUACUCACUAAUUGCAUAAAUUAUACUUGUAAUUACCAUUUAUUGUUAAUUCUGUUAUUCACAGACUUAUCGUUUUUAAAAGAUUUCUGCACCAUUCUAUAUAAGGUUACAAUGAGUCAGAUUUUCCUUCUGUAAUGAUACUUAUCUGUGAGGGUAAUGCCCUUCCUUGUCUUCAUUUUUAAUAUUGAAAUAGUUUUUGGCUUUUGUUAAAAAGCAUGCUUUGUAUUUCUGUACGAUUUACUCUAAAUUGCAAUACUUGACCCUAAAUUGUAAUACUUGGCCCUAAAUUGUAAUACUUGGCUGCAUUUUUAGGAGAUUUACAGCAUGUAUUUUGUUGAUUAACCAUCAUUUAAUUUCAUUUAUAUAGUCAUUACAAAGAAUAUAUCAUUUUAUGAGUUAACGUUUUCUUUAUAGCAGGAAAGAGUUGAAUACUCUGCCCUUGUGGAAGAGCUCGGGGGGAAAAUGUUAGACAAACAACAUUUUGAUCCUGCAGCUACUCAUCUAAUUUUAGGUAGGUUUUGUUGGUCAUCUUAUUUAUGUCAGAUAAAUAUUUCUUAUCCUUUCUGGCCUUAGAUGAUUUUAAUAUAAUGCACCGGGUAGUGCUAUGGCAUCAUUUUUCUCAUGAUUUUAUUGCUUAAACUAUUUUUAAUAAAAAAUAUAAAAAAAGAAUGUUAUCUUGUUUUUUUAAAGGCCAGCCAGCGAGAAAUGAAAAAUGUUUGUCAUGCAUUGCUGCUGGUAAAUGGGUACUCCACAAAUCAUACCUGGAGGCUUGUAGAAAGGAGGGUAAAUUUGCUCAGGUAAAUUAUACACUACAUGCUCAUUCUGAUUAUAGAAGAAAAUAAGCCAUGCAUAUAGUCAUUUUAAAAUGAAAUUGAUUGUUCUUUUAAAAUUAAAUUAAUGUUAACUAACCCCUUCAGCACAUUUAGACCCAUACAAUAUGCAAAAAUUUAACAGAUAUUGUUACUCUGACAUAUGUAACUUGGCAGAUUGAGAUCUAGUAUGCAGUAGUCUGCCCAAUGAGCUUUUGUAAAUUUACACUAGCACAGGCUAUAUCUAUUUCAUGGAGCAAAAGUUGAAAUGUCCUGUUCAUCACACCUAUGGACAAAAACCCUUGUUAGACAUUAACAUUUUCAACAUGCAUGUUUCUGAUAUUUAUUUUAUUCAUAUUCUUUUGGAUAAAGGUUUAUAUUUCAUUAACAGAUGAAAAUAGUAGUAACUGUCCUCUUGGUUAUGUGGUGCUAAAGUGAAAACUAUACCUUAAAAAUAUAGAAAAUUUGAGUGGUGAAGAGUUUGAUAUUUCUAGGAGCUUUUCCUUGAUGAUAAUUUAUUUUGAUCUCUAGGAAGAGCCACAUGAAUGGGGAAGUGAGUACACUUUGCCCCUGAUGCAGAACAUGACAGAACAGGCCAACAAGCUUGUUGCAGCAGCAUAUAAAUGGCGCAGGAAAAUUGAAGCUCUUAAAAAGGUAUGUUCAUAUCUCCAACUGGAACCAUCAGUUUGAUAUCAUUAGUUUCCAAGUGGGAUUAAUCCGAUGCACUAUUGAUACUCCGGAUACUGGUCAAGUCCUUUUCAGAUGUUCUUUUGUUAGGCAGCAUAUUAACUAUAUUCUUAAAGUCUUCUUGAUGAUGGAAGCGCAGUUUUACUCCAUCAUAUUAACCUACAAUGAGGUGCCACUCUUCACCUUGUUCAAAUCAUUAAGUAAGAUUAAAAUUAUCUUUAACUUGUGUUUUAUCUUCCAGACUAAUCCUUCCUGUAAAGGUGCUUAUGAUGGUUGGAAAGUUCUAUUGUGUUUAGAUAAAAGCAAAGAGGAAAAUUUCAAGCGUAUUCUUGAAGCUGGCGGUGCCUCAGUUGCAACCAUUAGGUAACAGUUAAUUUCUUGAAGCUGGCGGUGCCUCAGUUGCAACCAUUAGGUAACAGUUAAUUUCUUGAAGCUGGCGGUGCCUCAGUUGCAACCAUUAGGUAACAGUUAAUUUCUUGAAGCUGGCGGUGCCUCAGUUGCAACCAUUAGGUAACAGUUAAUUUCUUGAAGCUGGCGGUGCCUCAGUUGCAACCAUUAGGUAACAGUUAAUUUCUUGAAGCUGGCGGUGCCUCAGUUGCAACCAUUAGGUAACAGUUAAUUUCUUGAAGCUGGCGGUGCCUCAGUUGCAACCAUUAGGUAACAGUUAAUUUCUUGAAGCUGGCGGUGCCUCAGUUGCAACCAUUAGGUAACAGUUAAUUUCUUGAAGCUGGCGGUGCCUCAGUUGCAACCAUUAGGUAACAGUUAAUUGGUCUGUAGUGGAAAUAAAAGAAUGAGAUUAAAUAGAGUUUAGAAAUGUAUUUUAAAUAAACAGCUUUGAAAGUCUAGGGUGGCAGAAGUAUGAGAAGCCUGCUAGCUUUGAAAGUCUGACACGACAGAACUAUAAAAAAAACUGCUAGCUUUGAAAGUCUAGCGUGGCAGAAUUAUGAGAAACCUUCUAGCUUUGAAAGUCUGACAUGGCAGAGCUAUAAGAAUCCUGCUCCUUUUUGUCUGAAAAGUUUUUUUGUGUACUAAAAAUGAUUAUGCAAAGGUCACUGCUUUAAAGUUGAACAUUUAAAAAAUCUUUGAAUGGUUAUCUCAUUUUCAUUGCAUAUUUAUUAUAUCCUAGGUCACCAUUGCCUGAGGACAUAGAAGGCACACAUGCGUUCAUUGAUCUAAAUAAAAUAAAAUUACCACAGGUAGGAAAUUCAAGUUUGCAUCAGAAAUAAUUGUGAGAAUUUUGUUGCUGACAUAAUUCAUAAUAAUCUUUUAAUAGUAAAAAUCUAUUAUCUUGUUUUUAUUAAUAAUCCAUUUACGCAUUUUCAGGAGGACUUAGAGCGGUUAAUACAGAGUGACAUUCAUUGCUUAAAGCCAGAAUACAUUCCUGCUUAUUUAACUGAUGAGCCACCACCAGAUCCUUCAGAGUUUUAUCCUGCUGAAGUAACAGCCUUGAAGGCUAGGUGAGUUAGCUUAAUUCUGGGACAGGACACUCUGUUGAUACCAUUAGUUUUUUUCUGUGCUUAUUACUACUAUAUUUAGAAAAUAAAGAAAGGAUAAAUUAUAGAAAGUGUAUUGAAAUAUAUAUAGCAAAUAAGAUAGUUGGAGUUGAACAAUUAAGCUCAAAGAUACAAAAAAGAAAUAAAAGUCAAAAUUAUAAAUUGGUAAAAUGCUACAUAAAUGUUUAAACAAAAUAAUAUUUAGUUACAUAUUAUUGAACAGCCGUUCUCAAACUGUGGUCUGUGCAUCCUUAGUGGUCUUUAGUCUGAUUGAAAAAAAUUGCUCAUGGUUGUAUAUAAUUUUAAUAGGUUGGUGCAACAUUCUAAAAGUUUGAGACUCCUUGCUUUAAAGUAACCAAUUCUAAUAAAAGUAACUGGAAUGAAGUAGGAUUAUUGGAUCAGCCAGAAAUUAAUUUUCCAAUGCCAAAGUCAAAUUACAAUGGUUGGUCAUAUAUUAAAUGCCUGAAUCCUCAAAAAAUGUAGUGACUUGAUUAGAUUUAUAACAAGUCAUCUUAUGUAAUGUUAAAGAUAAAAUGUAAAAUUUAAUAACUGGCUCAUCCAUUGUCUUCUGUGAUGAAAUUUUGUACUGAUGUCUAACUUAAGGUUUUUAACAAAGUACGUUUUGAUCUAAUUCAUUUUUUCAGUAUGCCUGAGCUCAAUCAAAAUCGCAAGCGAAGACGAACCAAAGAUGAUCAUGGCCGUCUUAGCAAAAUCCUUAAACAUUGAGAUGUGUUUUUUUUUUAAAUUAUGAUGAUCAAUUAGAUAAUUUGUUGCAGCAAAGUUUUUUUUUUAUUCAUUUCAUCAAAUUGUUAUUACAAUGUCCAAGCUUUUUAAAAACAUCAGUUUUAUUUCGUCCAAUGCUGUGAGGCAAGUUUUUUAAACUAAUUUUAGCAGAAAUUGCAACUAAAAUUAUUAAACAUGUGAAGGUUAGCGUUGAUCCGUUGUACGUAAAAAAUUUUUUAAUAAUACUAUAACAGUGGUUUAAUUUGAAGGUGCUUUCAAAAUUAGAUUGCAAAAUAUUGAAAGAUACAAAAACAAUUGAAAACCUGUACUUUCUCUAUGUUAUCGAUUAAGUUACUGUAAUAUGCACAUAGUAGGCCUAUAAUUGUACAGUAUGUUGACAAAAUUGAAACCUGUGCAUUUUCUAUGUUAACCCUUUGAACCCCUGUUAUGGUUCUGUGCAUUAUAAAUCCACACCCCCACUAGACCGAUAUUUCAGUCUCCCAUACCUUACCCUUGAUCGACAGUCCAUAAUAUAUAAAUACUGAGUUCAGGGUUUACUAUGCCACUUGCAAAUGGCCACAGUAAUGGUUAUGCCAAAGGAUGCAUUGUUAUUAAGUUUUAGUAAGGUUUUCCAAUUGCUCCUCUAAAGGACACAAACCAGAGAAGAUUUAUGAUAAUAUGCAAAUGAAUCAAAGGUUUGAAAAAUAAUUGAAAUAAAGCAAAUAGGCAACGAUAGUGACGUUGGAUUGAUUUCAACUACCAGUGCAAAAGAGGUGUGUUUGGGAAUAAAGGAAACAACACAAGGUCUAGCCCUAGCUUUUUAUGAGAAAUAAGGGACUAUAAAUGACCUUCUUCAAUGCUGCUCUACACAGAUUCUAAGAAAAUGUUCUCUCUGUGAAAUAUUUUGUAAUAGUUAUGGACUACCUAACAGACAAAUUUGGAUUGAAACUUUUUUAAAAUUAAAUUUUAUAAUCAUCUGAUUUUGUUUGUCAUUUUGUUGGAAUUUUCACCAGGAGCUCAGGGCAUGGGGCAUUUUAGGGUCAGUGGUCAAGGGUUCAUAUGGUAGGGGCAUUUUAGGGUCAGGGAUAAAG